AUGUAUCAUGAUCUCAAAGAAGUUUAUCGGUGGGAUAAUAGGAAAAAGGAUGUGGCAGACUUUGUGGCAAAAAGGUUGUUGCGCACUUUGCACAAGUUUGACUCAAUUUGGGUGAUUGUGGAUCGACACACGAAAUCAGUGCACUUCUUGCUAGUCAAAUCUACUGACACAGCAGAACAAUAUGCUCAACUGUAUGUCAAAGAAAUAGUCAGCUUUCACGCUAGUAUUCAGAUGGUCCCAUUUGAGGCAUUGCAUGGAAGGAGGUGUAGAUCUCUGAUUAGGUGGUUCGAGACAUGCAUCGAAGAGAAUUGGAAAUUCCAAGUAGAUGAUUGGGUGUUCUUGAAAGUAUCUUCCAUGAAGGGAGUCAUGCGAUUUGGGAAGAAAGGAAAAUUGAUCCCAAGGUAUGUCGGGCUAUAUCGGAUCACUCAAAGGAUAGGACAGGUGGCUUAUAGGCUGGAAUUGCCCCCUGAAAUGUCCUUAGUGCAUCCGGUGUUCCAUGUAUCUAUGUUAAAGAAAAUGGUUGGAGAUCCAUCCACCACCGUGCCAAUCGAGACUAUCGAGGUCAAUAAAGAGUUAUCAUAUGAAGAAAUUCUGGUUGCUAUUCUUGAUAGGCAAGUCCACAAAUUGAGAAACAAGGAAGUUGCUUCAGUUAAAGUACCAUGGCAAAGUCAAUAA